UUGACAUCGGUCUGAUCUCGAGCGAAUACCGGGAACAAUGGGUCCUCCGGUUGUUUCAUUUUGCCCGUCUCGGUGGCGAGUUGCGCAGAGGCAAGCAGUGUGCCUUGUUUAGGUACGUUCUUAUUCAAAAUCCGGUCCCGUUCAGCAGUUCCAGUUAUUUUAGUAUUUGUACGAUGGCAUCUUGGACCUGAACAGUGGUACGGCGUCUCGAGUUCCGUCCAGUCUACAUCUUGGUUUGCAUUCACGCCGCCGAGUCCCGGUUCCGAGGUUGUGGCCGCCUUGACAUCUCUCGGUCCCAGUCUAUCGCGGCAAUUAGCCGUUUGCUGCAUCCCGUUCCGGUUUUAACAUCUGAUUCCUCACUGUGUGGAAUCUUCUCAGCAAGCCGUCCGCUGCGCCUUGCCCAGCUAUUUGGGGAGCAUGCUCGGUUUGUAAAUAUCACUAGGAAAUUGCACAACCAUGAAAGCAUCUGCAAGGGCCGUUGUGGGCGUGUUGCUUCUCGGGGAGGCAAGUGCAGCCUCGAUGAAUGGCGUCAUCCAGUGGGACAUACAAAAAAACCAGCGUCCACGAGAACUGAGGAGGUUAGGUAGACGCGCCUCAACGUUCGAGGAAGUCAUCACGAACGAGCAAGCAAGGGGAGGCUAUUUCGCUACCUGCAGGUUAGGCACGCCGGGCCAAAACUUGACGCUUCAGCUCGACACAGGCAGUAGUGAUAUUUGGCUGCCGGAUUCCAACGCUCAGAUCUGUACACGGGCUGGGCGCAGGAGAUGCGAUCUCGGAACUUUUGACCCAAGCCGGUCCAGCACCUACCAGGUCACCGGGAAGGGGGCGUUUAACAUCAACUAUGUCGACGGCAGUUCUUCGAAAGGGGACUACUUUACCGAUGUAUUCGAGAUCGGCGGAGCUACCCUGCGGAACAUGACCAUGGGCCUAGGGCUGGAGACGGAUAUCCCAUACGGUCUGGUCGGCGUCGGCUACGCAGCCAGCGAAGCAAUCGUCGGGCAGACGCAAUCAACCUCCUCAGCGUACCCCAAUCUUCCCGUGAACAUGGCUCAAGAGGGCCUAAUCAGCACCGUUGCAUACAGCUUGUGGCUGAACGACUUGGACUCGAGCUCGGGAAACAUCCUGUUUGGCGGGAUCGACACGGCAAAGUACCAAGGGCAGUUGACGAGGAUCGACAUCUACCCAUCCCAGCCAGAUUUGUUCACCUCGUUCCGGGUGGCUUUGACGUCGUUGCAGGCCAUCAGCCCGAGCGGCAGCGACACGCUCACGUCGGAAGAAUUCCCCUUCCCCGUCGUCCUCGACUCCGGAACGACACUGUCUUACCUGCCAACCGACCUAGCUCAACACGUGUGGAACGAGGUCGGGGCAGUGUACUCGCCCGAGUUCAAACUUGCCGUCAUCCCUUGUCGCAUGCAGAACAGUAAAGGAUAUUUCUCAUUUGGCUUCGCUGGCCCAAGAGGUCCGCGGAUCAAUGUCACGAUGGACGAGCUAGUCUUGGAUCUGACGUCUGGCCAGCCGCCUGUCUUCAAUACGGGUCCAUAUAAGGGCCAGGAGGCGUGCGAGUUCGGCAUCCAGAAUUUCUCCACCUCGCCGUAUCUACUUGGGGACUCGUUCCUGCGCUCGGCCUACGUGGUGUACGAUCUGGUCAACAACCAAAUCGGCAUUGCGCCCACCGACUUCAACGCGACCGAGAGCAACAUCGUGGCGUUCCCCAGCUUCGGCGCGCAGAUUCCGUCAGCAACCGUGGCGCCCGAUCAGAGCCAGGCAACGGCCACGUCUAGUCCGGCCGGGACAACAUCAUCCUAUGCGGCCAGCCCGGGCUUCACGGACACUGCUGGGACGGGCACGCUCAACAGCAGCCGUGCUGUUGCCUCAAGGCAUGGGGCUCGCUGUGCCGGCGCUGUGUGCCGCACCGCCUUCAACACACCCUCGAUGCAAUGGCAGCCGACUGGCCUCCGAUACUUCAGCAGGAGCCCUGCCAGGGCCGCCGCCUCAAGUGCGGCCGAGGCUGCGAUGAGGCAGGCGAAGGAGCUGGCCGCGGCCAACAUGACCCCCGAAGCAGUCGCCGCCCGCAUGGAUCCCGCCGAGAGAAAGAAGCUGUCAAUGGUUCGGAAUAUUGGUAUUGCAGCACACAUCGACAGCGGCAAGACGACAGUGACGGAGCGCAUUCUCUUCUACACCGGUCGUGUCAAAGCUAUACACGAGGUCAGGGGGAAGGAUGGCGUCGGUGCCAAGAUGGACUCCAUGGAACUUGAGAGGGAGAGAGGUAUUACCAUCCAGUCUGCUGCUACCUUCGCCGACUGGAAAAAGGUCGAAAACGGAAAGGAGGAGACAUACCACUUUAACCUGAUCGACACCCCAGGCCACAUCGAUUUUACAAUUGAGGUUGAGCGUGCCAUGAGAGUGCUGGACGGGGCUGUCAUGGUUCUCUGUGCCGUCAGCGGCGUGCAGAGUCAGACCAUCACUGUCGAUAGGCAGAUGAAGCGGUACAACGUUCCCCGGAUUAGCUUCGUCAACAAGAUGGACCGCAUGGGCGCGAAUCCCUGGAAGGCCGUCGAAAUGAUUAACUCCAAGCUCAAGAUCCCCGCUGCCGCAGUCCAGAUACCCAUCGGCUCCGAAAAGGAGUUCGAAGGCGUGGUCGACCUGAUUGAGAUGAAGACUAUUCGGAAUGAUGGGCACCGGGGUACCAACAUCAAAGUCUCAAAGCACAUUCCUGAGGAGCUGAGGGAGCUGGCUCAGGAAAAGAGGCAAGAGCUGAUUGAGAAAUUGGCCGAUGUCGACGAAGAGAUUGCCGAGAUGUUCUUGGAGGAGAAGACCCCUUCACCUGAGCAGAUCAAGGCUGCGAUACGGAGAGCAACCAUUGGCCUCAAGUUUACCCCGGUGCUGAUGGGGUCUGCGCUGGCUGACAAGUCAAUUCAGCCCAUGCUGGACGCCGUUUGCGACUACCUCCCGAACCCGGGCAACGUCAACAACAUGGCGCUGGACCGGUCAAAGGGCGAGGAGCCCGUACAGCUUAUUCCCUACAAUGCGCUGCCGUUCGUCGGCCUCGCCUUCAAGCUGGAAGAGAACCCCUACGGCCAGCUUACCUAUAUCCGCGUCUACCAGGGUUCCCUGAAAAAGGGGCAGUACCUGUUCAACUCGCGCACUAGCAAGAAGGUCCGCAUCCCCCGUAUUGUACGCAUGCACUCAAACGAGAUGGAAGAUGUGGCGGAGAUUGGUGCCGGUGAAAUCUGCGCCGUCUUUGGUGUCGACUGUGCAUCCGGCGACACCUUCACAGAUGGUAAUCUGCCCUACACCAUGAGCUCGAUGUAUGUGCCGGAUGCCGUCAUGUCACUCAGUAUCAAGCCGAAGCGGAGCAGCGACGCCGAUACCUUUAGCAAGGCCAUCAACCGUUUCAUGCGCGAAGAUCCUACAUUCCGGCUCCAUGUUGACGAAGAGUCUGAAGAGACCAUCAUCAGCGGCAUGGGCGAACUUCAUCUUGACAUCUAUGUCGAGCGUCUGCGCCGCGAGUACAAGGUGGAAUGUGAGACGGGCAAGCCCCGCGUCGCAUAUCGCGAGACCAUCAGCAAGCGUGCCGAAUUUGACUAUCUCCUCAAGCGGCAAACGGGUGGUCCUGGCGACUAUGCUCGCGUUGUGGGCUGGAUCGAGCCCAACCCGGAGAACCCCGAGGCGAACCACUUUGAGACCCAGGUCGUCGGCGGUACCAUCCCCGACAAGUACUUGACUGCAUGCGGCAAAGGCUUCGAAGAGGCCUGCCUCAAGGGCCCGCUACUCGGGCACAGGGUCAUCGGCGCGUCCAUGGUCAUUUCGGACGGUGCAACACACGUUACCGAUUCCAGCGAUUACGCCUUUAACCUGGCCACGCAGAUGGCUUUCCGCAAGGCGUUCCCCGACGCCGGCGGCCAGGUCCUCGAGCCGCUUAUGAAGACAACCAUCACAGCACCCGCCGAAUUCCAGGGUAACGUCCUUAUGCUCAUGAACAAGCGCGGCACCAUCAUAGACACGGAGAUUGGCGCCGACGAGUUCACCAUGAUCGCUGACUGCAGUCUCAACGCCAUGUUUGGUUUCAGCACCCACCUGCGCGCUGCCACGCAGGGCAAGGGCGAGUUCAGCAUGGAGUUUAGCCACUACGCGCCCGCGCCGCCGCAUCUGCAGAAGGAGCUCAUCGCUGAGCAUCAGAAGGAGCUGGAGGCCAAGCGGACUAAAUGAGCGCGGCUCUCACGGCACCUCUUUUCCUUGCUGGAAAACACUUUGGCCAUCUCCUCCCCAAGCUGCACCAGCCCUCGGCUGAACGGGAAGCAUAUACGGGCUAUAGCCCUCGCUAAUGGAAUACAGUCGGCAGAGCUCGGCGUGUGGGUCAGACGUCUAGACCCUUACAGGAUCGGAUUCCCCUGGCUGGUUUGGAAAAUGGAUUCGGUGGAUAGAUAUGGGAUACAUGGCGUAUGGGCGGUAACGUCCCAGAAAAGAGGCGGUCCUUAGCAUGUUGGGCGACGCUAUCACUAUGGGUCGCCAUGUGUUGUAUAUAUAUACAUGUAUGUUCAAACUGUUGUAUGAUACACGAUGUUCCAACUAGAUGGGUAUGGUACGCGCAUAAAGGAGUUUAAUAUGGAUAUCAUCACUCAUCUGACCGGGUUGGAUUCGGGAUAGUUUCCAGAUACAGGGCGGAUGGGCCUCUUACCAC